AAUUUCCUUAUCUCUUUACAUGAAACGACGAUGGACGCGAUGCAGUAUAGCAAGCUAAGAAGCCUUCUACAAGGAAGAGAAAUGCCAGAAAGUAUGACUAGUCGGGACAAACAACGGUUGCUUGAAAAGAGUUGA